GGUCACCCUAUCGCGACAGACUUAACACCCAUUGAUCUCUAAUCGCACCGAGUGCGAAAUGCCUUCGAAGUGAUAUCGGUUUUUCGGCGAAUCGAAAAGAUGAUCAACGCGUUCAUGGACUCCGGUCAUCAUCACCUGGCCACGUACGGGUUGAAGAUGUCGCCGGGUCCGCACCAAGGAGGCGCCGGCAGCAUACCGUCGCCGCACCAGAACCCGGCCGCCGCGAUGACGGCGCCCGACGUCGGUCCCGGCCACCAGAACCACUUCCAAUCGAACUACGGCCACAUGGGCCAUCUGAACCCUCACGCCGGCUACGCCGCCAGAGAUUUCCUCUUGCGACGAGAUCACCACGAGUUUCCCACUGCCCAGACGGCGCCCAGCGAUCCCGUUUUGUUCCAUCAUCACACGGAGAUGCCGCCGCACCACAAUCCUCACCUAGCGCCCCAUCACCAGAUGUUGUAUUCCAGGACGGAUCAUCACGCCGCCUAUCACACCCAACCCAAUCACCACCAGUAUCUCAACCCGCACAUGGGGAUGCCUCAUCAUCCGGGCAACGUGCACGGCGCCUUCUUCAGGUACAUGAGGCAGCCCAUCAAGCAGGAGAUGCAAUGUUUGUGGAUCGAUCCCGAUCAGCCGCCUCCUCGCAAAUCGUGCGGUAAACAUUUCACGUCCAUGCACGAAAUAGUGUCGCAUUUGACGGUGGAACACGUCGGCGGGCCGGAGUGCACAACGCACGCUUGUUUUUGGCAGAACUGCAGCAGGAACGGUAGGCCGUUUAAGGCCAAGUAUAAACUGGUGAAUCACAUUAGAGUGCAUACGGGCGAGAAACCUUUUCCGUGUCCGUUUCCCGGUUGCGGGAAGGUGUUCGCUAGAAGUGAGAAUUUGAAAAUACACAAAAGGACGCAUACAGGUGAAAAACCAUUCAAAUGCGAAUUCGAAGGUUGUGAUAGGCGCUUCGCCAAUUCCUCGGACAGGAAGAAGCACUCGCACGUGCACACCUCCGACAAGCCAUACAACUGCCGCAUAGCGGGCUGUGAUAAAUCCUACACGCACCCCUCGUCGUUAAGGAAGCACAUGAAGGUGCACGGCUGCUCCGGCCGGUCGCCGCACCACUACGAGAGCGACGGCGAAGAGUCGAAUUCCUCGUCGGCGGGCAGCAUCUCCGUGGCGGCAUCGCCGCACGUCCACCAGGCGCCGCCCCAAGUCCCCGGCACGACGUCCCUCAGCGAUUGGUACGUGUGCCAGCCGACGCCGGCGGCGCCGGAUCCACUCGCCGGCCUGGGGCAUUUCGGGAACCUGCAUCACACCGGCGCGGCGACGGCCUACUAACGGUUUCGUAAAUGUCCAGCACGUUCGCGG